AAGGCGCCCUGGGUCUUUUCCUUUCCCUCUUCAUACUCUAUUGUUAUUUGACCAUAUUCCACUGAGUCCCCUACUCGGGGUUCGAAGACUAUCUUUUAUUCUUCCUGCUGGUUGUUGCCUUUGGCUGAUCAUGAAGACACAUAAAUGCCCCCCACAUGGGAAAUUCACGGUCGGCUGGAUAGCAGCGCUUUACACCGAGUACCUGGCCGCUAAACAGGUGCUUGAUGUUCAAUACGACGACCCUGUCUUUGAUGCCUCGAAAGGGGAUGUCAACGCCUACACCUUCGGCCGUAUCGGAGAACACCAUGUGGUGAUAGCCACACUCCCUAGCGGGGUAUGUGGGACACACCCGGCCGCAGCUGUCUUGAAUGGCAUGAAAAGCAGCUUUCCGUUGUUGCAGUUUGUGCUCAUGGUCGGCGUCGCAGGAGGAGCACCAACAGCGGCAAAUGACGUGCGGCUGGGCGACGUAGUAGUUGGAACCAAAAUGAUCCCUUACUCGGUCAACAAGAGGUACGCCAACGGACCACAGUUCAAUGGGGUUCCGAUCAUGUCGGAGACCAAGCUUUUGUCGGCCACGCACAAAGUUCGAGCCAAUAUCGCAGAGGCCCACUUGAAUCUGGAAAGCAUCAUCUCGGAGAAAUUUGUCGAAACAGAGCAAAUCAGAGAUAUCUUCCAGCGCCCGGACGAUAAGUAUGACCGUCUGUAUCAACCGGGCUACGAACAUACCAGCACCUGCGACUGCUUACAGGACGACUCGCUUGCCCUAACCUCAUUAGUGGCCAGGCCCUCUCGCAAGCAGUAUGAUCGCAUCAAAGUGCAUUGCGGGGCGGUCGGUUCGGCAGACAGCGUGGUAAAGGAUGCUACUGAAAGAGACCGGCUGGCUGGCGAGUUUGAUCUUCUCUGCUUUGAGAUGGAAUCUGCUGGCCUGAUGGCUGGUUUCCCUUGUCUUCCGAUUCGAGGCAUCUGCGACUACUCCGACUCGCACAAGAACAAAAGAUGGCAAGGAUAUGCUGCGGCCAUUGCUGCUGUCUUUGCACUGAGCCUCCUUCUCACGGUCCCGUACGAAGAUUCGCAGGCCAAAGGAAAUGAUAUCGAUACAGAGGCUUUGCGCCAGCAUAUUGAUCUUGUAGUCCAAACUGUCAUGCGAGUCGCGUUCCCUCCUGCGGAUGGACGCAGUUUGACGCUGGAUGAUGCAGGGGCGGCCAUGGAGGAGAUCCGAGAUACCGUCCGAAAACUCACCCUUCUGUCCGAAACAAGUGCUCAAAAUCUCAAAAAUCUCAACUCCGCGAAUGAAGCUGCAAUGAAUGCUACCAAAAGCCGGCUGAACGAUAUUGAGGCCUUGCAAAAUAACAUGGAGAAGUUACUGAACGAGCUACGUGCGAAGAUUGAGAAACAGCAAGAGAAAAGUCCGCAGGAGGAAAGAAAAGAGUGGGAGAGCCUCAAGAACGAUGCACAAAAGGACAUUAUAUCCUUGAGAGAGAGAACCAAAUUCACCACAGACGCCCUACACUCUACCGCGGCGACCAUUAAUAACGUCGCCACUGUCACGAAUAAUCCUGGGCUUGCCGCAACCGGCCGAAAAAUUGAUGCCACCGAAAGUAUGGUGCGGACGCUUUUCAAUGGAAUUGGUUCCUUCAGAAACGCAACGUCCUCGCCUGCGAAUAGCAGAUCAACCCCGGCUGCAAACCGCCAGGGCAGAACGGCUUCAACAAGAAUAACCGCGAGACCGAGAGGCGUCCUGGCCCCCCCACCACCAAAUAUGGGAGUGCGUGCAGCCCCGACAAGCACGAAUACGACACCAGGAAGACCACGCCUCCCGCCACGAAAUGGGACCCCGGGCAUAACACGACCGGAUAUCAACCCAGCGCGUCCUCCACUGCCCCCUCGGGGUCCUUCUACUACGACUUCGAUAAGGGAGAAUCGGCCAGUUUUGCCGCCACGACCAGCUUCAUCCCCGUUGACGAGAGACGAAACGGAAUCCUAUACAUCUGACGGGCUUGGGCGCGUAUUGUUACCCCCAUCUCCGCCCAUUCACACGCCAAGUACAGAACGGUCAUUGUCGUCCUUGCAACCUAACUUGACAGGCACCCACUCUAGUGAUAUGUCGACCUCGUCACCUUCGCCCGCUACACCUCCAUCGUCGCCCCCAAGCGUGUCGGACACUCGACCUCCAAGACCUUUCAAACCUCCGCGCCUUCAAUCAGGGACUUUUUCUAGUGCACAUAUCUCUAGUAGCCAUCGGGCUCCCGAUACAGUGAUAGGUCCUAUGGGUCGACGAUCAACUUCAGUUGAGCGGGAGACCGAUGUUGAUUAGUUCAUACGUCGGUUAUUUCUUCCCGGUCCUUGGAAUAUGGAGCGCAGUUUUGGGUGUGCGGGUGCGGAGACCCAAGUAAUCUCCCACGAACCCUACCACAUGCUUCCAUCAUCAUGAUAGCUUCAUGAAUAUUUUCUUGGGGAUACCCCAGGUUGACCAAACGUCUCUGGAUGCUCCGGCCCUAGAACUCGACCAUGGACCUCCAAUACCUGCACUUCCAGCUCCUCUACCUCCUUCCCAAGUCUCUGGUUUUUAUAUGUAG